GGUGCGGCGGGCGGGAGCGGGGCAGCGAUGGACGGGGCGCCGGGCAUGACGGAGAUGUACGACCAGGCGAUGCUCGGCAUCCUGCAGCACGUCGGCAAGAUCGAGAACUUUCUGGAAGUUCUCUUCGGCUUCCUGUACAGGAAAACGGACUUCUACCGCCUGAUGGUGCUGAGGGAGGACAGGCUGGGAUUCCCGCCCGGGGUGGCCGAGCGGCUGGCGCUGCGGGCUUUUAAGAAGUUUGAACAUUUCUCUAUUCAAGACAAUGAGAGACGGGUGAAAGAUAUUGAGGAAAAGCUCAAGAAGAAGAAAAUGGAGGAAGAGAGGUUGUGUGUCCCAUCUCCUAGUCAGGAGGUGGAGGUGGAGGUGGAUUCACUACCCGAGGAGCAACCUAAUGCAGCAGCAGUGGAAGCGGCUGAUCAGAGCGCUGAGAAAACGGAACCAGCAGAAGCAGAGCAGCCGGCCAACGUUGAUGCUGCUUCUGUACCAUUAGAGGGCGCUACAGCCGCACCAGAUACAAAACAGGAGCACGUCGACACAUCCAAGAAAUGUGAAGAGACAUUUGACAGCUAUAAUGGGGCCGUGAGAGACAACUACACCUGGUCCCAGGAUUACUCAGACCUGGAAGUGAAAGUGCCGGUUUCAAAGGUGAUCGUUAAAGGAAGACAGGUGUCUGUCGACAUACAAAGCAACCGGUUACGCGUGUCUGUGGUUGAAGCAGGGGGUGAGCGAGUCAUCGUGGACGGAAAACUGACACACAAAGUCAACACUGAAAACUCCAUGUGGAGUUUGGAGCCCGGGCACUGCAUUCUGAUUAACCUGAAUAAAAAUGGGGAAUACUGGUGGAAUGCUAUUCUCGAGGGCGAAGAAACAAUAGACAUUGACAAGAUAAAUAAAGAGCGUUCAAUGGCCACAGUGGAUGAGGAGGAACACGCAGUGUUGGACAGGUUGACCUUUGAUUAUCACCAGAAGAUACAGGGCAAACCACAGAGCCAUGAAAAGAAAGUGCACGAGAUGUUGAAGAAGGGCUGGGACGCUGAAGGCUCGCCGUUUAGAGGGCAGGAGUUCGACCCGACGCUGUUUAACAUUUCCCCUGGAGCGGUGCAGUUCUAACUCCCCCUGCCAGUGCCACCUGACAGCAGGCGACACAGAGCUGACCCUGACCCUGACCCUGACACCACCACAGACCAGCACUAACCAUGGAUUGUCGUCUGCCCUUGAGCAACGUGAGACUUUAUCUGGGCUAUGAGUAAGGUCGUCGCAAACCAUCAGUUGCUAAGUCUUUGUAGCGGACAAAUGUAUUUAUUUCUAUUAACUUUUGCCUACUUUCUCCUGAGACUUUACUUGCUGUCUAGUUCAUUGAUAGGGAUCUUCAAAUUUGCGGUGUGGAUUGCUUUCCUGUGAAUAGUGGAAAUAGUGUUUGAUACCGUCCAUAUUCUUUGCCUGAAAGAAUGGUUAUUUAUAUCCUACUCACAGUUUUGAAACUAAACAAUAAAACAUUUGUGUGCGAA